UGUUUCUCAAUAGUCUAAAUUACAUUAGUGUUCAACUAAUUGUUUCACUUUUAUUUUCCCAUUGAAAAGAUAAACUCAAGUCUCCAAUUCAUUUUUCACAACUUCAAGUUCACAAUUAUCAAUUAAAAUAAUUAAUCCAGUUAAUCAACUGAUUGUAAAAAAUAAUCUUCAUCAAUUUGAAAAAAAACCGAAAAGAGAAAAAUAGACAGAGAAGUCGAAAGAAACUCUAACCCUUUGUUACAGUAGCGCCAAAAGCGACAAAUUUGAUAUUUUCUUUGAUUCCAUCAACAUGUCGGGUAGAUGGUUGGCACAAUCAACUAAUCAUGUUGAAUCGAAAUCCACUUGUGUUACCACAACUGUUAACGCUUUUGCCAAAUUCAAGCAAAUGGACAUGGAGACCAAAACCACAGUGACAAGAACAAGGUUUGGUCCAGUUGCACGAAGUGGUACUGAUGUUAAAGAUAUGUUGUUACGCUGGUGUCAAACAAAGACUUCCGGGUACCCGCAUGUUAAUAUUGUUAAUUUCUCAUCUUCUUGGUGUGAUGGGAUGGCUUUUUGUGCACUUAUCCAUCAUUAUUAUCCGGAUGCAUUUGACUUUAGCACCUUGGAUCCCAAGAAUCGUCGAUCUAAUUUUGACCUUGCCUUUAAAACUGCUGAAGACAAAGCAGAUAUUGCUCCUCUUCUUGAUACUGAUGAUAUGAUAUUGAUGAAAGAUAAACCAGAUUGGAAAUGUGUCUUUACUUACGUUCAAAGUAUGUACAGGAAAUUGAGGGAACUUGAUUAAGGAAGAGUUAAAAAGAAGAUGAUAAAAGGCCAUUAAUAUUAUCACCCCAGUUAUUAUUAUUAAUUUUAAUUUCAUUCAUCAUUGUCAUAAAAAACAUAUCAACAAAACAUUUAUGUGGCUCAUGUUUACACCCCAACACCAACAGGAAGAAAACAAGAGAAGCAAGUUAAAUCGGCCCGACAAUUAAUCACCUUUCUCUAUUUCUCUAAAAUAAUCAACCUCUUCAUCCGACUAUUGGCCAACGCAACGAAAGACAUUGAAAAACUUCUCUGGUAAUCGAGUUUUUUUCCUCCUCCUAACAAUAAUACUGUAAUUACCAUAAUUUAUUUCGGACUUUGGGUAUAAUUGACAGUUAAUUCAUUUGGUUGGUGACACAAAUAUAUAUAAAAGAUAAAGUGAUUUCUUCUGAAAGAUCUGGAUCAAAGAUAUUAAAUUCUGUUUCUUCAUAUCUCACCAACAAUCACAUGAACACAUUUGAUAAAAAUACUAUUUUUAAAUUAUCAUGAAAAUGUUGCAAACGAAAGCAAACCUCUCAUAUCAUCAAAUAACAUCAUACAUUUCUCAUACCAGUUUUAACAAAAAUCAAACUAUAAUAUUAUAAUAUUAAAUCAUCUGAUUGUAAAAGGUUGAUUGUUAUCAAAACAACAAAAAAUAACAAUCAAAAUCCAAAAACAUUUCAGUCAUUGAUACAAAGUUGUAAUAAGUUAUAAGACAUUGAACGAAUAAAACAAAAACUAAAAAGA